CCCAUUGUCAGGACCAACCCGUACGAGCUGCACAUCCGAGACCCCGACUUUUACGACGAGCUGUACGCCUCCAACCAGAGACUUGACAAGUACCGCUACGGGUUCUCGACAGUGCCUCACGAGCUGCACCGCCUGCGCCGUGGCGCUAUCAACCCCUUCUUCUCCGUGCAGUCCGUCACCCAACUCGAGCCCCUGAUCCUGGCCAAGGCUGACAAGCUCUGCGCCCGCUUCCAUGCUCUCGCUAGCACCGCCGAGGUCGUGCGCAUCAACGCCGCUUUCAUAGCCCUGACGUUGUACAUCAUCUGAGACUACGCCUUUGCCAGAGACCUAAAGUUCCUCGACGAGCCCGACUUCAAGCUCUUGUAGAAGCAGACCAUCAUCGGCGCCUUUGAGAGCGGCGCCCUGGGCCGUCAAUUCCCCUGGGCGCUGCCGCUGAUGAAGAGACUGCCCGUCUCAGCCGUCUUCGC